AUGCAACACUCCGACUUCUUUGUCUACUUUGGCCCCCGCCGUUCAUAUUUGGUUCAGACACCAGGCCUCCAACCGAUAUCCACAUUGCCCGUGUCCAAUCGCGUUCAAACCAUCUUCAACCAGAGCAAGAAGGUGACCUGCGUUGCAUAUCCUCCCAUUAUCGAUGAUUCCGAACCGCUCCCGGAUCCCUUCUUUGCACAUGAAAUGAAAGGGUUCCUGGGGGAUGACGCAUUUCAUUUCACAGAUGCAAUUAGAAAGGAUUAUCAUGGGCUAGAACAAUGGACAAGUUGCCGUUGGGGAACUGCUGUUAGUCUUCCUUACUUUCCCUCAUUCAAGGCUACCUGGCUGAUUAUUCAGGGAACACAAGUGCUCGCGGAUAAUCGAGGAGGCUGGUGGGCUUGCUCCUGGGGCCUCAACAGUACGUAUGCGUUCCUGCCGGCAAAUGUCACCUCCUGUCUGCAGGAUAUCCAACCCGGUGGGAAGGUCACCCAUGUGGCACUGGGAAUCAAAGGUGCUUUUGUGGUACUUUAUGAGAAUGGGAGAAUGGCAUGGAAUCUAUGCGGGGCGUACGAUGAGCUCGACAUGCAUUUGAGUACGCCGGGUGCGGCCGAAAAUAUUUUAUAUGUCAGCAUGAGUAUUUUUGAUGAAGGGAGAUACUUUAUCGCCUAUAAGGAUCAUAGGAUCCUGUACAACUUUCCUGAAGAUGAUGGGGGUCGUUCAGAUUGGGAUUUGUUGGAUGAAUGGUUGAGAUAUGAUUCGCAUUGCCAGGUACUCAACAACACCAGGAUGGUGGACUUUGCGAAACAGGAGACUAAAUCUGGUGGUAUAUCUGGAUUUAUCAGUGUAAUCACCGAAAGGAUGAUGAGGGAAGUCAUCAAUGAGGAAGUUGAGGAACAGAUUUGCCGGUUCAUGAAAGGGACAUAA